AUGCAGAAACGUCAACAAGGCUAUAUACAACUUUCAACUCCUGCAGAAGCUCUCGCUCAAAAGCCUUUGGUUAUAGAUCCACAAACUGAACCUCAAGUCGGCGGAAGAACAAGAAUGAAAUCGAAACAGCCCAAUAGAACUACAAAGACUUCUCAAAAAUUAAAACUUUUUCCUGAAGAUCAAGCAACUUCUACUACUGUUGAUGAGACAAGUGAUGGAAGACAUAAUCAGAUUGGUCAACUUUCACAAGGAACUGCUAGAAGAGAGGCAGAAAGACUUAGUAAACAAGAACGACUUAAACUUCCACGGGUUACUGCUUAUUGCACAGCAGCAACUUAUCGGUUAGACGAUUUAAUGAAAUAUCUUCAAAAUCGAAAAAUACGAAAUAGUGCUGCUCCAAAACGUUUGGAUGAGUGCAUAUAUACUCCGUUUUCCUUCCGUCCACCUAAACCACCAACUACUGCUGAUCUUUUAGGCAUUGACGAUGUAAUAAUUCCUUCUCAAGAACAAUCAAUUCCUGAAGUUAUUUUCUUUGAUUACGGUGUUGUUGUCAUCUGGGGCAUGAAAGAAGAUGAAGAAAAAAGUCUAUUACGGGAAUUAGUUGCUUUCGAGGACGAAAAAUUAUCUGAAAAGGAUGUUGAAACUGAAGAAUUUCAUUUUCAUUAUGAUGCUUCUUAUCAACCAAGAAUCUAUAAUGAUGUGAUUACUCUUAAACAUCCCGGCAAUUAUAUGGUGAAAGUUACAAUAUCUCACGCGAUUGCUCAAUCUGUCAAAAUGACCUUAUUUGAAGGAUUAAUUGAAGAUACAAUUGAAGCUACAAAACAUAUUCCAAUAACAAUGGCGGAAACGGGUAAAGUCUCUAUGUCAAGAACCGCCAUUACCAAAAAAAUUGGUCAGUUGUUCAUAAUGCGAAUUAAUAUCAAUUUAGUUAGCAAUAUUUUAGAUACUCCUGAGAUUUUUUGGUCUGAGCCUGCUUAUGAACCGUUAUACGAAGCUAUAAGAGGUUAUCUUGAAAUCUCUCAACGAGUCGAACUACUCAAUCAAAGAGUGGCUGUUAUAAGUGAUCUCCUAGAUAUGCUUAAAGAACAUUUAACAAGUUCACACGGCGAACAACUCGAAUGGAUAGUAAUUAUUCUUAUCGCGUUCGAGAUCGUAAUUGGUGUGAUUACUAUUUGUGUCGAUUCUGCUGCGUUUUUUAAAGAAGAUACAUCCUCUAUUUAA